GGCUACGUCUGGCGUGUAAAUGGGUCUUGUAAUACAGUCGGACGCCUCGCCGAGGCAUUUGAAAUUAGUUUCCUUGUUUUGACAGUUUUCCACUUGAUAAAAACAGUAAAGGGUAAUCGCAAAGCUAAAAAUUGCGCGAUUCAUCCCAGGCAAGCCGUACGCCUCGGAGCUUAUUUUCUUCUUGAUUGAUUGAAAUCUCCAGUGGAAGCUGGGAAGCGAAAAGUCGCCGAAAUUUAGAAUGGAGGGUGGGGAGUACAUGUCCUCAAUGGAAAAUAUGGAUCCAACAUUGUCAGAGCUUGGAGACGAAUUUACGCUCGGUGACAUCGACGAGAUGCUCCAGUUCGUCAGCAACCAAGUGGGGGAAUUCCCCGACCUCUUCGAAGACCAAAUGCCCCAGGGGUCUCUCCAGAGUGCUGCUGGGGGUGCCCCACGUUCGACCCCACAGACGCCCCAAACUGUGGUCCUCACCCCAGCCCCCACCCCCACCCCUGCCCCUGCCCCUACCCCUCUGACCCUGCCCCUCACCCCUCCCCAAACCCCCGCCCAGGCCGCACCCCAGCUGCGGUCUCCCCCCCUGCUCCAGCCACGCCCGCCCCCUGUCCAGCAGCUGCAGCCAACCCAGACCCUGCAGGUCCAGACCCAGGCUCUCCCGGUCCCGGCCCAUGCCCUCACUGUUCAGACCCAGAGCUUUCCGGUCCAGACUCAGGCCCAGACUGUGAUGUUCGCCCCGACCCUCACCACCGCCUCCCCAUCGCGCUUCAUCCAGAACCAGGUCAUCUGCCACCAGAGUCCCACCACCAGCUUCCAGGUCCUGCAGCCACAGAUGCAGAGCAUUAUGACAUCACCACAAGUCCAGCCAAUGACAAUCCAGCACCAGCGUGUUCUGACGCCAGCAGGCCAGACCAUACAGACACUGUCCACAGCGCCCUCUGCUGUGCAUACUGUGUCACCGCAGAUGCAACAGGUCCAGCAGGUCCUUGUCCACCAGCCCCAGAUUUUAAAGACCGAUUCCUUGGUGCUGACCACUCUGAAGCCUGAUGGGACUCAGGUUCUGUCUACAAUGCAGAACCCAGCCAGCAUCACCACACUGACCACGCCCAUCCAGACCCUCUCUCAGACUCUAAUGGGCGGAAACAUUCUCACCACCGUACCCGUCAUGAUGGGGGGCGGAGACAAGCUGCCCAUCAAGCAGCUGUCGUCGGGGGUGUCCCACAGCGGCGGUAACGGCAGGGCGGUCCUGGAGCACGGGGGAGGGAUGACGGCCAUGGGUCUCGGGACGGGCAUGAAGGAAGGGGAGAGGAGAACCACCCACAACAUCAUCGAGAAGAGAUACCGCUCCUCCAUCAACGACAAGAUCCUGGAGCUCAGGGACCUGGUCAUGGGCAACGACGCCAAGAUGCACAAGUCGGGAGUGUUGCGGAAGGCCAUUGACUACAUCAAGUAUCUACAGCAGGUCAACCACAAACUGCGGCAGGAGAACCUGGCUCUGAAGAUGUCCAACCCCAAGAACAAGUCCGUCUGUCUGACGGAGGACGUGGAGAUGAAGCCAGAGGUGGUGAUGAUGUCUCCCCCGGCUUCGGACUCCGGUUCCAGUUCCCCCAACCAGUUCUCCCCGUACUGCAUCGACUCGGAACCCGCCAGCCCCUUGCUGGAGCACGAGCAGGUGAAGAGUGAGCCCGACUCUCCCUCCUCCGUCGGCGUGAUGGACCGCUCUCGUCUGCUCCUCUGCGCCCUCACCUUCCUCUGUCUCUCUCUCAACCCCCUGCCCUCGCUCCUGGGGGGGCCCGAUGCUCACGGGGCGGGGCCCGGCUGGGUGGCCGCAGGAGGGGGCCACGGCCCAACCAGGACCCUGUUCGGCCUGCCCAAUCCAACCCAGAACUUUGCUGGCUGGUUGUGGUGCUUGCUGCCCUGGGUGAGUGUGUGGGUGCUGAGUGGUGUGGGGGCGGUGUGGGGCUGUGUCAGAGUGCUGUACCUGUGGGAGCCCAUCACCCCCCUGCACUCCCCCAAAUCCGUCUGCUUCUGGAGACACCGGAAGCAAGCAGACCUCCACCUGCACAGGGGAGACUACGCCGCAGCAGACGCCAGCCUGCAGACCUGUCUCUCCGUCCUCUCCCGGGCCCCCCCCACCUCCAGCCUAGACCUGGCCUGCUCGCUCUCCUGGAACGUGAUUCGCUACUGCCUGCAUCGGCCCACCCCGCUGGGCUGGCUGGUGCGCCAGAUUGGUGGGAGGCACAAGGGGGAGGAGUCUCAGACCAGUGCCCGCGACGCAGCCUUGGUCUACCACCGCCUGAGUCAGCUGCAGCUCACCGGGAAGCUGGCUCAGCGCAGCAGUCUGUGGGGCCUGUCUCUCUCCCUCAGUGCGGUGAAUCUGAGUGAGAGCGCCCAGGCCAAGAUGGCCCCUGCCCAGCAGGCCGAGAUCUACGUCACUGCUGCAACAGCACUCCGAGUCCUGCUGGGGCACCACCUCUCCUGUCUGCCUGGAUACCUGUUGAGCUGUGCCGAAGGCGUGGCCUGUCAGUCAGACUCCAGGCCGCCCCCUGAAUGGUUGCGCUGGCUCUUCACCCCAUUGGGCAGGCAGUUCUUCUUGAGCUGCGAUUGGUCGGUGAAUUCUGAGAGCCGAGAGGGGGUGUACACUUCCCAACGCGAUCCAGCUGACCCCAUCUCCCAGCUGCAUCGCUGCUUCUGCGAGAAGCUACUGGAGAGAGCUGUGCAUUCUCUCAUACAGCCGCACGCCAACGCAGUGUCCAACAAGCGCAGAAAUGACAACGGGGAGUUCUCCAGUGCUUUGGAGUACCUCCAUCUGCUGAACAGCUGUACCGAGGAGCCGCCCACCCCGACCCCGCCUUUCCCUCCCCCAUCCAAUCACAACACCAGGCCAGUGGGAGACCCUGUGUGUCGCUGGUGGGCGUUGGUCCUGAAGGCUGCUGUCCAUUGGCUGCAGGGUGAUGAUGCGGUGGUGAGGUCACUGCUGGCUGAGGCUGAGCGCAUGCCCAGAGCCCUGCACACGUUUGAUCAUCCCUUGCCGAAGGCCGUGUCCCAGCUGUGCAAGGCGGUGCAGCUCAGCCUGACGGCCCAGAAGGGCGAGGGGACGCUGGGGUGCCAGGCGCAUUGCGAGAGGGCCAGCAGCUUCCUCAACAACAGCAUCGCUGUGCCCCUCGCCCCGGCCAAUUGGCUCAACAAGGGGGUGGAGCUUCUGGUGUGCGACCUCCUGCUGACCCUGAGGACCAGCCUGUGGCAGCGCGGGGGCGGGGCCAACGGGGAGCCAGGCCCCGUCCUGAGUUCGCAGCUGGCCGGAUUCCAGAGAGACCUCAGCUCCCUGCGCAGGAUAGGCCAGUGCUACAGGCAGGCUCAACACAAGGUGUUCCUGCACGAGACCACAGUGAGGCUGAUGGCGGGGGCCAGCCCCACCCGCACCCACCAGCUGCUGGAGCACAGCCUCCGACGACGCACUCACAACCCCGAGUCCAGCGCAGAGGGAGAGUGCCUGCCGGGGGAGAGGGAGAGGGCCCACGCCAUCCUGCUGGCCUGCCGUCACCUGCCCCUGCCCCUGCUGACGCCCCCGGGGCACCGCGCGCGGCUGCUGGCCGAGGCCAAGCGCACGCUGGAGCGGGUCGGGGACCGGCGCUCCGUGCAGGACUGCCAGCAGAUCCUGCUCCGACUGAGCGGCGGGACCACCAUCGCUGCCUCCUGAGGACACACAGGGCUUACACACAGAGCCUACACA